GGGUCUUUGAGUGUCACCUAAUAUUUCCACUAUAGUAGAUAUUACAGCCGUAGCUGUAAACUAUAUCGUAAAAUAACUUAUUGGUCUUAAUAUAAAGUUAGCUGUGUGGUUAAGGUUAUGGUUAGGCUUAAAAUCACAUUUUAAGAAGAGAAAUUGUAGAAAUAGGCGGGGUUUAUGACUUUGUGGCUGUUGUAACUAGUGACGACCCUUACCUAACCGAACGAAAAUAACAAACAUUCGAAGUGAACGACAGAGAACGCAGUGUACCAGGCCUGUGCUGCGUGAGCCCCUGGCACUGUCUCCUCAUCCACCAGGCCUGGCCAGUGCCAGAGAGGGAGAGAGACAGCACCUCCUCACAACACUACAGCCCAGAGGUGUCUGUCUGUGGUCCACACCAACUUUACCCCUAGAGGAGUCAUAUUUACAGUUGGGGCCAUGGAGUCCUCUGAUGAAGAGGAGGGGCGCACCUUCGUCCAGGUGGUCAGUGAAAAGUACAACCCAGAGAAUUUCCCAUACUGUCGUGGGAACGGCAUGGGUGUCGUGGUACUGUCUAGUCCACAGGGGUCGCCCAUCAAAGAUCGUCUGAACCUGCCCAGUGUGCUGGUCCUGGACGGCUGUGGCAUCAGUAAAGCUGGGGACAAGGCUGAGGUGGCCACCUUCUGUGCCCACGUGGUGGAGCUGGACCUGUCCCACAACCAGCUGCAAGACUGGGGGGAGAUCUGCACGAUUGUGUCUAACAUCCCCAACCUGGACUUCCUUAACCUGAGUAUGAACCCUCUGAGUGGGAUUGAACUGGAGCCAGGCCUAGCUGAGGUGUUCUCCCGAGUCCGCCGCCUGGUCCUCAUCAACACGCGUGUCACCUGGGACACGGUACACACACUCACCCGCCAGACCCCUGAAUUGGAGGAGCUCUUCCUUUGUCUGAAUGAUUAUGCCCAGGUUGCUGAGUCCCCGGUCCCCUGCCCCUCCCUGCGCCUGCUCCAGAUCACAGACAACCAGCUACAGGAGUGGAGUGAGGUCCGUAAGUUUGGGCCGAUGUACCCGUGCCUGGACACCCUGGUGUUGUCCAACAACAGACUUAGCUCUGUGGAGGAGGACACACCUCAGGACACACUGCAGCGCCUGUUUCCUAACCUGCGCAGCAUCAACCUCAACAACUCAGGGCUUAACCGAUGGGAGGACAUAGAGAGGCUGAAUUUCUUCCCUAAGCUGGAGGAGGUGAGGCUGAUGGGGAUUCCCUUACUGCAGCCUUACACCAACAAAGAGAGACGCAGCCUCACCGUGGCACAGUUGCCAUCUGUGACUGUGUUGAAUGGGAGUGUGGUGACGGAAGGGGAGAGGGAAGACGCUGAGAGGUUUUUCAUCAGACAUUACCUGGACUGUUCUGAAGAGACGCUGCCUCAGAGGUACCACGUCCUGGUGUCCAAGUACGGGCAGCUUGCCCCGUUGGCAGAGGUGGACCUGCGUCCUCCCUGCACGGCCACCCUGGAGGUGCGCUGGGGUGAGCGGACGGAGGCGCUGAGCCUGCGGCUGGAGCAGACGGUUGGGGAGCUCAAGAAGGAGCUCAGGGCGCUGGUGGGGCUGCCAGCCAACGGCAUGCGACUGUACUACAUCGCCCGCGAGCUGGGCUCCGCGCUGGGACCUGAGGAGAUGAAGUACGGCAGCCGGGCACUCCACUCGUACAUGAUCCAAGACGGGGAUGAGAUCCUGGUGGUGCCCAAAACCAAGAGCCGCACCAUCUCAUCCACCUCCUCGGACUCCUAAGAAGUGGUGUGUGUGUGGAGGAUUCAGCACUUAAUUACAGACUGACCAGCUUCUGGCCACCAACUUUCUAUGCAGUCUCUUUUUUUUUUUUUUUUAUAUAUAUAUUUUUUAUUCAUUUUCCUAAGUUAUAUUAAUUGUAAAGAUGUUUAUUAGCAUAGCCUCUUUGUGUGUGUGUGUGCACACACACUACUCACACAUGUAUGCUACACGCACACUAUCACUGAGGGCUCAAUCUAUGGCUAUGUGCGAAGCACCGCUAUUGUCACCGCUGCAAUUUUCCAUUGCGUUUGGUCUGUCAAAAGAGAGCACAGAGUCUUUUAUCAGAAAUAUUUAUGUUUUUUAAGUAAUGUUAACUCAAUAGCAUAGUCCCUCUCUCCCACUCAGUCUUGAACCAUGUGCUUCAGAUGUCCUGAGAUAACCUCUGAGUCAGAUUUACAGAGGGUGGUGCACUGAGACUUGCUCCAUUGAGCUUUGAGGAUAAUAGAGCUUGUGACACACAGAGACCACACAGAACAUCACUGACCUCAACUCACACAGGUGACCUGGCGGAAAGAGACGAGACGCGGCCGAGACGUGAGUGAGACGGGUUGAGUUGGUGGGCUGUGGGUGUUAAAGAUGGAGAGAGGGGGAUGCGGAGAUGCACUGCACUCAGGUUGCUUCAGGUCGUCUUGCUGUCUGUUUCCUCAUGAAUGGAGCAGCUCUCUACCCCCUUGCUGAGGGGAGUGGGGAUGGGAUGUGAGGGGGAGUGGGUGUUGGAAGGAGAACCCCAGGCCAACCUCACUGGGUAACCACACACCGGCCACUGUGUCACGGUCACUUCCUCUGUGCUUGGAUUUCACUUGGUUCACCCAACAGGCUGUGGCCUUCCUCACCUCUCUCUAUCGCUCCCUCUCUCGUCCUCUCUCCCCGUCUCACACCUCCACUGGAACCAGUGUCCAUUGUUUUAGUCGACCCUCGGUCAAUGAUGCACCCCCAGAAUUUGUGCUCUCUCAUUGGUGCAUGUUGUCCAAUAGGUGUCUUCAGAUUCAGAGACCUUCUCCAAUUGGCGGAUUGAUGUGAGAAAUGACCAAUGGGAAAUUAUAUCUUGUUGUUGCCCAGUCCUAUGGUUAAUUUCACUCAGCGUUUGCAUCAGGGAGAGGUUAUCUACUCUUAUAGAUGGGGAGAAAUCAGUAAACCAAGGUGAACCACAUACUGGGUUUAUUUACCAAUUACUCUACCAAUUAUAUUUCCCUUUUUAAUCUAAAUUCCUCUGUUUUUACGUUACAUAUUAUGUGGAAAAACUUAAGAAAAUAACAUUUGCAAAAGCUGAAUGAAUGUGACUGUCUGUCACAGCUAGGCUUUGUUUAAAUAACUGGAUGACUUUUGUCCUUUGGGAAUUAUUUUAGGUGAAUCUCAGGUGCUUCUUGAUCCUUUAAUAUGUUGUGUUUGCAUGAUUGGUAAUGGUAAAGUGUGUAAUAUACUGUAUGUCGGCUGGGAUCAUGGAUUUUUUAAAAGUGGGCCAUUUAAUAUUUGGGAUUGCAUGGACUUUUAACAAAUUAGAGGGACCUACUCUAAAAGUGUAUACUAUAGUACAUGUGUGUUUAUCUGAUGUUACAUCAAGUUAUUGGAGGAUGAUCAGAUCGAUAACUAACUAUUGUUUAGUGAUUAACAUUUUUUCUGAAAGCUUCAAUGCCUCCAGUAAAAAAUGUUUAAAUGUUAUUUUGUCUUUGCCUAUGUACCAAUGUUUUCCUGCAGACUGUUAAAUCUGACUAUUCAUAGCACUGUAAUUCACCUCUGUCUACAACCUUUUACCAUCGCCUUGAUAUCUGUAAAUAAAUGUUUUAGAUACUUUGGUUUUAUGAA